UUAUACUGGGUGAUUCAGGCCUGUGCCCGAGUCCAGCCAGAUGCAGGGGAGCUGGAACCCAGGAGCAACCUGCAAAGGACAAACCCUUGAACGAGAGGCUCUUUGCUGUGAUAGCUCGUUCACUGUGCAGCUCAGAUUUCUCAGGUUAGUUACCUGUGAUGGACUGCACCUUCCCUCCCCGCUCUGCCACGCGUUUGCUGCAGCCGGACCAGCGGAAGUAUUCUCACAACGUGAGGUCCCAAGACCACCACGGUGAGCACAGCCAGAGCACAGAGAGCUGGGGGUACCAGCACAGCCGCCUGGAGCCACUGGAGUGCCGAGAUCUGCUGGUCCAGAACGCACUCUUCACUGGAGACCUGGACAUGGUGCAGAAGUACUUCACCAAGAGCGCAGCCAUCAAUCUCAUCAUUGAGACCAGGGGCGAUGUGCUGCGCUGGACUAGCACUAAACGUGGACUGUGGUCGCUGAGCUAUGAGCAGGAGCUCACCACGCCGCUGCACAUCACGGCCAGCCGGGGCUACACGGACUGCCUGCGGCUCCUGCUGCUCCGCGGCGCUGCCGUCGACUUUGCUCCGGGGGGCAAGACAGCCCUGCAUGAGGCUUGUGCCUGUGCCAGCACCGACUGUGUGCGCCUGCUGCUCGGCUCCGGAGCUGAUCCUGAGGCUAUCUCUGAGGAUGGCUACAGGCCCCUGCACCUCUGCAAGAGCUCAGACUCCAUCGAGUGUGUCCGGCAGCUGCUGCAGCAUGGUGCCAGUGCAAACAGUCAGACGGAGGAGGAGAAUGACACAGCACUGCACGUGGCAUCACGGCACGGCCUGGCAGAGCAUGUCCAGCUGCUUCUGCGCCACGGGGCUGAACUGGAAGUAAAGAACAAGGAGGGGCAAACGCCCCUGAAUGCUGCCUGUGCUCAGCACCACCAGCCCCAGGACAUGGACCGCUACUACCGGGUCUGCCAGCUGCUGGUGGAGAGCGGUGCCAGCAUCAACGCUGCGGAUCGGGACCAGCAGCACCCACUUCACCUGGCCUGCAAGAAUGCCAAUGCUCAAAUUGCAGAGUUACUGCUGGCCCGGGGUGCCAAUGUCAAUGUCAUGAACUAUGGUGGCAACACGGCCCUGCACAACAUCCUGCAAGUAGCUGCCUACAAGCUGGAGCAUCGCCCGGAGCUCGUGGUGCGAGCACUGCUCAACCAUGGAGCCGUCCGCAUCUGGCCAGGCUCCCUCCUCAAGGUGCUGCGGUACUGCCACACCUGCCCCCGUGUCAUCGAGGCCCUGGUGAACAGCUACACCCAUGUGUGCGUCUCUGAGGACUGGGUGGAAGCAGUUCCAGUAGAGGUUGUACAGCUUUAGCUUUGACAUCCCAGCUGUUUGGCAGCACCAUACAUAUUUCACUUGAGCAGGAUGGACAGCAGUCAGGAGUUCCAAAGGACCCCAGGGCUGGAUGUGACCCACAACGCCAAACCCCAUCCUUUCCCCAGCACAUGAGCACCUCAAGGGCUGCCUGACAACCCUGGCUGUGAUUUCCCCCUGAAGAGGGACUGCACGGUGCCCUGACUCAGGGUAGUAGGAACCUCAGUGUCCACCCCAAGCUGUGACCCCCCCUCACAGCAACACAGCCCCCCUGAGGACUCAUGCUGGGGUCUUGCUUGGCCUGACAGCAGCUCUCCCACUGCCGAGGGCUUCUGGUCUUUCUUUGUGAGGAGCAUGACUCCAAAUACUUCCUGCACUUCUGUUUCCAUCCAGACGUGUUGCAGCAGAUGCUGAUGCUCCUGAGGUGCCAUGCUCCACAGGUGCAUCCCAGGGGAGCAGACCCCUUUUGCACACUGGUGCUCUUUGAGCUGUCAGCCCCGCUCUGGCUCACUGCCACAUGUCAGCAGUGUCACCUGCAGCUGCUUACCAGGGAUGGGUGGUUCAGGUCACUAAAGGAAUCACCAGCAAACGUAUCAAUAAAAGCAGGUUUGGUAUAACUGUGCAGUGGUAGCAGAAGACAUCAAGAAGGAUCAGAAGACAAGGAAAUGGCCAAAAAAAGUUGCCUCAGGGACCUGGAGAAACCUGAGCAGUGACAAAAUAACAAUAUAUUAACAUGGAAAAGUUACCUGAGCACAUCUCCUGCGAGGAAAGGCUGAGGGAGCUGGAACUGUUCAGCCUGGAGAAGAGAAGGCUCGAGGGGAUCUCAGUGUGGAUAAAUACCUGAAGGGAGGACACUAAGACGAUGGAGUCAGGCUGUUUUCAGUGGUGCCUUUGACUGCACUGUGCUCCCAGCUGAAGAAACGAUAUUCAUGUCACAGACUGUACUGUGGAUAGUGCUGCAUAACCCAUUUUGCUCUGAAUCCUGCAUCCUGCACUCUGAGAACACCAGCUUUGCUUAUAGGCUCCUGGGUUCUGUCACAGAGCCAUGAGAU